AUGAGUCAACAAUUGGGAGACAAAGAGGUCGGCGAAGAAGUGACGCCAAUGAACGCCGAGUACUCUUUGGCCCCGUUUUGCAAUUGGUUUCUGCCCUCAUGUCUGGACAUGUGGUCAUCAGGUGAUGGCCAGAGGGUGUUGUGUUCAUACGGCGCCCGAUCUAUGGUCUGUCUGUUGACACUAACCGCCAGUAAAUCAAUCAAAUGUUACGAUUGUCUCAAUGUCUUCAACAACAAUAAGUCCAUCAUUUCCUGCAACAAGUUUAGCAGGACUUCGAGGAUUCCCUACCUCUUCGUCGGUUCCAAUGACGGCGAGGCGGCGCUUAUCAAUUGCAAUGAUACCAAUCAUAUAAUGUAUCCCAAGAUUGAUAUCAAAGAUUUAGAUUUGCCGUCGAAGAAGAUCUUAUCGGCCGAUUGGUCUCAUGUGAGCGACAAAUCAGUGGUUUAUUACUCCAUUCAUUCGGUUAUCAUUUGUUGGGAUUUAACGUUAGGAACGAUGGAAAAGCUGAUGAUUGGCGACAAUUAUCGCAACAAAAUCGCCAUCUCUUGUAUCGUUUCCAGUGUUUGCGGUCAGGAAAAGUUGGCCAUCGGGUGA